ACUCAUGAUCUUUGUUUCUUUAAGCUUUUUCUUCUUCUCUCACUCUUAUCCUCUCCUUCUCACUCAAUUCCUUCAAACAAUUCGAUCUACACUUUUCAUUUCUCUCUUGUCCCCAAGAAAAAUCACAUAUAUAUACAUAAAAACCAAAACCCUAAUUUUUUAUAAAUAUAUAUAAAAAUCAUUAUAGCUCUCCCCACUUAUAUAUGCAAAAGCCAACAUCAAGUAUCUUAAAUGUCAUAAUGGACGGUGGAGACAACGUCGGAGGAGGAGGAGGAGGAGAUGAUCACCACCGUCAUCUCCACCAUCACCACCGCCCUACUUUCCCUUUUCAACUCCUCGGAAAACGUGACCCCGACGACAACCACCAACAGCAGCCUUCUCCUUCUUCCUCCUCUACUCUCUUCUCUCUUCAUCAACACCAACAAUUAUCUCAAUCUCAACAGCAACAACCUCAACCACAAAAGCCACAACCGCAGACAACACAAAAGGAGUUAUUACAACAAACACAAGAGGAGUCUACGGCGGUGGUGGCAGCUAAAAAGCCGCCGUUGAAACGAGCUUCCACUAAAGACCGACACACAAAAGUAGACGGAAGAGGGAGGAGGAUAAGGAUGCCGGCGUUAUGUGCAGCUAGAGUGUUUCAGCUUACGAGAGAGCUCGGUCAUAAAUCAGACGGUGAGACUAUAGAGUGGCUACUCCAACAAGCUGAGCCAUCGGUUAUAGCCGCCACCGGAACCGGAACUAUCCCGGCGAAUUUCACUUCUUUAAACAUCUCUCUCCGUUCUUCAGGCUCUUCUAUGUCUCUUCCUUCUCAUUUCCGCUCAGCCGCUUCCACUUUUAGCCCUAAUAACAUAUUUUCUCCGGCGAUGCUUCAACAACAACAGCAACGAGGUGGUGGUGGCGGUGGGUUUCAUCAUCAUCCUCAUCUACAGGGACGUGCAACGACGUCGUCUUUGUUUCCUGGUAUUGAUAACUUCACGCCAACGACGUCGUUCUUGAACUUCCAUAAUCCGACAAAACAAGAAGGAGAUCAAGAUUCAGAUGAGUUAAGCUCGGAAAAGAAAAGAAGACUCCAAACGACGUCGGAUUUGCAACUUCAGCACCAACACGACCAAAUCGGAAGCUAUACUCUUCAAUCUAGCAACAGCGGAUCUACGGCCACCGCAGCCGCGGCACAGCAGAUACCGGGAAAUUUCUGGAUGGUUGCGGCGGCUGCGGCAGCGGCAGGUGGUGGUAACAACAACCAAACAGGAGGUCUUAUGACAGCUUCAGUUGGUAGCGGUGGAGGCGGCAGCGGCGGUGAGCCUGUUUGGACGUUUCCUUCAAUCAACACCGCGGCAGCUGCGUUAUACAGAAGUGGCGUUUCAGGCGUUUCGGGCGGCGCGGUUUCUAGCGGUUUGCAUUUUAUGAAUUUCGCAGCGCCAAUGGCAUUUCUUACUGGACAACAACAACAACAACAACAACAGCUAGCAACAACUAGUAAUCAUGAGAUUAAUGAAGAUAAUAAUAAUAAUAAUAAUAAUAAUGAAGGAGGAGGAGGAAGAAGUGACGGUGGUGGUGGUGGUGGUGGAGGUGAUCAUCAUAGUUUACAGAGACAUCAUCAUCAACAACAACAUCAUCAACAUCAACAUCAUCAUAAUAUUCUCUCAGGCUUGAAUCAGUACGGACGGCAAGUUUCCGGCGAAUCUCAAGCUAGUGGAUCACUUGGAGGAGGUGGUGAUGAAGAGGAUCCACAAGAAUAGUCACACACACACACACAAAAAGAACAAUUUAACGGUGGAUUUCGCUGCCGGCGGUGGUGGCGGCUGUGUAAUACUUUUGUUUUCGCCGUUAAUUUCUUUUUUUUAUCUUCUGUAGUAAUUUUUUUGUUUGUUUUUUUUGCUAAGUAAAAAAA